AUGAAGACAUCCUCCCUUCUCGGACUGGCCUCGCUGCCAGCUGUUCUCGCGCUGAACAUCCCAGCCCAGCAGGUUCUCUUUCCCGGCGAGCUAUCACGCAAUUCCGCCGAGCUCUCUGAUCGAGAAAUCUGUCCGCAGGCACCGAAAGUCACUUUGCCUGACGAUGGUCUUGAAUCGUCACUAAAGUUCCUCAAUGAUGCUGCUUUUCGAACCCGCCAGGCUUCGCGGCUCUCACGGGCUGUGCAAGUACCCACAGUCGUCGGCGACUUCAUGGAGGAUCCAUAUGACGAGGCAUUCGAACCGGUAGUGCAGUUCCAGAAAUUGCUGGAAGAAAUGUUCCCUCUUGUGCAUGCAAAGGCCGAGAUUGACCAUAUCAACCGGCUUGGGUUGGUCUAUACCUUCCAAGGCGUGGACACCACCCGGAAGCCCAUUCUCUUUAUGGCCCACCAGGAUGUAGUCCCAAUUGAUGACCCUAGUGACUGGACUCAUCCCCCAUUUGAUGGCUACUUUGACGGCGAAUGGCUCUGGGGCCGCGGUUCCAGCGACUGCAAGAACGUGCUCAUCGGACUAAUGUCCGCCGUUGAGGAAUUGCUCGCACAAGACUGGAGCCCGUCGCGUACCAUUCUCUUCGCAUUCGGGUUCGAUGAGGAGUCCCACGGGUUCCUCGGUGCGGGUUCGAUUGCCCCAGAAUUGGAGAAGAAGUAUGGCAAGGAUAGCUUCGAGUUCAUCCUCGACGAGGGUGGUAUGGGACUGCAGUCCCUCGAAAGCGAUUCCAACGAGGUGGUGUACGCUCUUCCAGGUGUCGGCGAGAAGGGCAGCCUGGAUCUUGUCCUAGAAUUGGCGGUUCCGGGCGGCCACAGCUCGAUCCCGCCUUCUCACACGGGGAUUGGCAUCAUGGCUGAAAUUUUGUACGAGCUGGAGCGACAGGAACUGUUCUCUCCCCGUCUGGAUCCCUCUCAUCCCUCUCACGGCAUGCUCGAGUGCCAGACUCGGUACUCGCCUUCGCACGUUGAACCCUGGCUCGCUGACAAAUUGGCCGAAGGUGACGCAGAGGCUCUGGGUGAGGCCGUAGCUAGCUCGCGUGGUCCGGCUGUGCGAUACACGCUGCAGACGUCACAGGCCGCUGAUCUGAUCCGCGGUGGUGUCAAGACGAAUGCUCUGCCUGAGAAGAUCUCCGCUGUCGUGAACUACCGGGUGGCACUACACAUGACACCCGAUCAGCUACGCGAGCGUGCUGUGCGCAUCAUCAGCCCGAUCGCCAAGAGUCACAAUGUCUCUCUGCACGUCGCGUUCCCCGAACUUGCUGACAGCCAGGACAACUUCUUCGGUGGUGACGGCGACCGCACGCUGAUCCUCUCGCCUCUCAACGAGCUUCUGUCCCCGGCCCCAAUCUCUCCCUCGAAUCCACUCACGUCCAAGGUUUGGGCUCGGUUCUCGGGAGUCGCUCGUAGUGUCUUUGAGUCGCACCCCAACCCUCUGGUCAAAUCGGAGGCGAAGGCCGAGUCGUCCCCGACUGUUGUGGUGACGGGUGAUAUCAUGACUGGAAACACUGACACGCGUUUCUACUGGUCUCUCUCGGAGAAUAUUUACCGCUGGAGUCCCUCGCGUAUGGGUGGUACUUUCAACAUUCACACUGUGGAUGAGCGAAUUCGGUUGGAUGUUCACCUGGAGGGACUGAUGCUUUACUAUGGUAUGUUCCAAUUGUUCUCUGAAUCUGUUGUGCCACUUGACUGA